GGAGCCUUCGCUUCAUCUUCCUAUCUCUUCAUAUAGUGAAAAAAAUGAAGAUAAAAUUCAAUGGUGUUUAGAUUUCAAUUCAUUUAAGACAAAAUCUCUGCAGAAACAUUGAAUCCGCUUGUCAUCAGAGGAUCCCUAUCGUGUGAACUCAAGAAACCUCGACCAAGUCAUUAGAAGUUGGAUCUUGAGUUUGACUCGCUUUUUUUUUUUUUGUUUUUUUCUCUCUCUCUCUUCCUUGUUGUCACUUGCAGGCGGUGCAAACAAUAAAGACUGUUCGUUGUGUUUGAUCGAAAUCUCUUCAUUUGAGUUCACAUUACAGAGUUUCUUGGGAAUUUUUUGAUAAAAUCUGACAAGCUUUGGUUCAGAGGAAGACGAUCUGUUGAAAAAGUUCCAGUUCUGAGUAUAAAACAAUGCCUGAAGGGAAAUUAAGAUCAGGAGUUUACAGAUCAUUCAUAAUGUGCGAUGAUCCAAGAGGAGUUGUUGAACGUGGCGCAAUCAAGAAACAGAGAUAUAAUAGCAUAUGUAGUGGUACUAACCAAAGAUUUGACCAUCCUUCCAAACCCAAAGAGAGAUCCGAAACGGCACCGAGGAAGAGCACAGAGGAUGCUCCUGCUCCUUCUUCUUCAUUGCAGCUCUUGAAAGUAUCUAAAGGGAUUCAGAAACUGAACGUUGCGAUUGAUUCAUAUUCCAAAGGGUCAAGCUAUGAGACUGUGAGGCCUGAGGAUAUAGCAAAAGGUUUGUUAAGAGGAGCGCUUGAUUUGGAGGAGUCUUUAGCUAUGCUUAGUAGUAUUCAAGAAGCUGAUAACAAGCAGAAAGGGAGGGUUACUAAAGAUGGAAGAUGCGAUUUGCGGUUUCAGAGAUCGAUGUCUGAUAGAUUCGGAGAGCGUAUUGAGAAAAGGAUGAUGGCUCAAGAGAAUGCAGCAUCGAGAGAUUGUUAUGAUGAGCUAAGAAACGUGAUAAGAGAAAGCUUUCACAGGCAGAAUCUUCUUCCACAAACAACUAACACAGAGACUAAGAAGACUCGCGUUGCUAGAAGUGGUUUUGUUUCCUCUUCUGGAGCUGCGUCUUCAUCAACGAGCUCAAGCCAAUCUUCUAUGGUUUCAGGCUCUACAAAAUCGUCUGCGUCGUCUGAUGUUCCAAGGAGACCUCCAAGUUUGAUUGCUAGGCUUAUGGGUCUGGAUGUAUCUCCUCAAGUACAGAACAUUAGCAUGGUGAAACAUAUCGAUAAGCCAGUUAUUGUAAAUGUCUCACCAGAAAGACAAGAGAAGCUGCUGAAGAGGAAGAAGAAGGAGAGUCCUGAAACUGUUAGAUGCAACUCUACAAGAAAACCUGUUUUACACUCUUUGCCUGAAGAGAUUCCGAGUGAGAAUCCCUCAAGUAUAGUAGUACUCAUCAAACCUGUGAAUGUUGUACAAGACGAAAAACCGGGCAACAAAAGACCGGUUUUACCGAAGAAACCGAGGAUGCAAGGUGAGGUUCAUCCAAGAAUGAUCAACCAGAGAAAAGAUCAUCAAGCCAAGGGAGGGAGUAAAACAAGCAGCAGCAACACAAUGAAAUUACCAUCGAGUCCGACUAAGAAAGACAAAAUGGUGCGGAAAGUAGAAGAGAAUGAAGGUAAGGUGAUGAAGCUAUUGUCACCGAGCAAUGCCAAAGCUGUAACAAGAGAAGCAAAACCAAAGGAAAUCAUCAAAAAGAUUUAUGUGAAGAAAGACGAUAUCAUUGAAGGUAAAGACAGACGAAGCGCUCUUAAGCCACCUGCCAAUCAUGCGAGACACAAGAAAUCAAAUGGUUCUUCAGACACGUCAAGAAACAAGAAUCAACCUUCCAGGUUGAGCUCAAGCCCAAGCUCAAGUAGUGAUGAGAAGAAAAGUAAUAGUCGGUUAAAGAAGUCCGGUGAAGCUAGUAAACGAAGUCCAAAGAAAAAACUCCAUAAACGAGACAAUGACCUCGCUUCAGAGAAUAACUCAAGUUCUUCACAAGACACGCGUGUAUCAAUAAACCAACUUUCUGCAGAGGAAACCACUUCUUCAGAGCUUCACAUUCAAGGCCAUUGCGACAGCGGAGAAGUUACUUCUUGUGCUCCCACAAUUCAGCAAGAAACCUCUCUUAGAUCAUUCUUAUCCAACUCCUCAGAUUUCAUCAGCUACGCAGAGAAUCUCUUUGACUUCAAAACCAACACUAACAGAAGCCAAGAAAAAACCUGUCAGGGUAGAGACAGCAAUGUAAUCUCAGACCAAAGACUUGCACUAGACUUUGCCAAAGAAGUAGCCAGACGCAGAAGCCUUCUUCUCAUUACCGAACCAACUUGUCUCUUGAGAAGCUCUUUGCACAUUGAUGAGUUGUUAAUGGAAGUCUGUGAUGGGUUUGACUCCCUCAGAAGUUACAGAGACACGUUUUUAAAUCAGAGCAGCUUCGUUAAAGAGAGCAUACACAUGGUCUUGGAAAAGGAUCUAUAUAGUAAGAGAAAAGAGAUGACAAGCGGAGUUUGGGAUUUGGGUUGGAGAAGUGAGUUUCAGAUCGACGAAACUCUUCAAGCUGUAGUUGACUUAGAGAAACUCAUCUUGUCUGGUUUGAUCCAAGAAAUUUUCUCUUAACCCCUUGAGCGAACGUAGCAAAAGUUUUCCUCUUUUUGUAAUCAGUUCUUUUAUAACCAAUUAUAUAUAAUAAUAAUUGUAGCAAUGAGCUUAUAAA